GUGAUUUCUGUAGGUGUCUAUUUACUUACUUAUUUCGCCCCGGCAAGGUGCGGUUGUUCUGUAUUAGUGUUCUAGUAUUAAUCAAAAUUGAGGGGUGAGCGCUUCCCCGCUGGGCCGCAGUAUCAUCGCCAGGCAGCAGAUGGCGCUGUGCUUUGGGCCGAGAGCUCGGCCGCCGCCGCCGCCCCUCUCGCGCGCGCAGCCUCGCUCUCCUCGGUCCCACCCCGUCGUGGCACGAGCCCUCGGAGCGCUUUAAAUGUAGCACCGGGACAACAUGGCGGAUUUGUCUUUGCUCCAAGAAGACUCGCAGGAGGACACAGACGGAUCGCUGGACUUGGUGUCGCAGGACGAGCUGCUGUCGCCCCUCGCCAGGUUGGACAAAUACGCUGCGAGUGAGAACGUCUUCAACAGACAAAUGGUGGCCCGAAGUUUGCUGGACACGUUGAAGGCCGUCAGCGAGGAUGAGGGAGACUGCUUCGCCGUCCUCGAGAGAGUGAGCAGGCUGGCCGACGACUCCGAACCUACCGUUCGGGCUGAAUUAAUGGAACAAAUUCCUCACAUCGCCAUUUUCUGUCAAGAGCACAGGCCUUCCGUUCCAUCCGCUUUCUCAAAGUAUCUUCUCCCAAUAGUAGUGAGAUACCUUGCUGACCAGAACAACCAGGUGCGCAAGACGAGUCAAGCCGCGCUACUCGUGCUGCUGGAGCAGGACCUCAUCGAGAGGGCUGACGUAGAGAGCCAGAUCUGCCCCGUCCUGGUGGACCUGACGGCACCCGAUAGCAAUGACGACGUAAAGACAGAGGCCAUGGCUAUAAUCUGCAAGAUGGCCCCGAUGGUGGGGAAGGACAUCACAGAGCGCCUCUUUCUCCCACGCUUCUGCGAGAUGUGCUGCGACUGCAGGAUGUUCCACGUGCGCAAGGUCUGCGCAGCCAAUUUUGGGGACAUGUGCAGUGUGGUUGGUGGGGAGGCAACAGAGGAGCUCCUGCUGCCGCGCUUCUUUCAGCUUUGCUCCGACAAUGUGUGGGGCGUGCGCAAGGCCUGUGCCGAGUGCUUCAUGACCGUGUCCUCCGCCACCUCCCAGGAGGUGCGCCGGACCAAGCUGUCCUCCCUCUUCAUCAGCCUCAUCAGUGACCCCUCCCGCUGGGUGCGCCAGGCAGCCUUCCAGUCCCUGGGCCAGUUCAUCUCCACAUUUGCAAGCCCCUCCAACGUGGGCCAGUGCUUCAGGGAGGAGCAGGUGGAAGACUACAGGUGCCCUUACCGCCCCAGCAGCAGGAAGGAGGCUCAACUGUGCACAGAGACGGCGGCGCCAGAGGCUGCGGUCAACGACGCUGCUAAGAGCGCCUCGUCAAGCUGCGAGGAGCUGCUUCUUCAGGAUUCGUGUUCCAGGGCUCCGGAGCAGCGGCAGGAGGAGGAAGAGGGCAGCGUGGAUUUGGGGGUGGAGGGUGGCGGGGAGCAGGUGGCUGAGGCCCUGACUUCAGAUGUCUCCUGUGACUCAGAGGCUGCCUCUGAGUCUAGCAGGAACCCUGGGGACCACUGUUGCUCUACAUCAGCAGCUGCUGUGGCAGAAGUGCCGGAUGCAGGUCCUUUUGAAGAGCAGGUCUUACCCCCGCUACUACGCUGCGCCCCCCAGGAGGGCACUGUUCUUGAACAGGAGCUGUACAACUCCUUCCACUACUGGAGGACUCCCAUACCUGCCAUUGAUCUGGAUGUUGAGCUGCAGGGGGACAAGGCCCCCGCAGAGCACUGCAGCGGGUCUCCGGGUUCCAGUGCGGCCCCUGUGCUCGGCAGAAAGGAGCUCGAGGAGCUGAUUGAGAACCUGGAGCCCCAUAUUGAUGACCCCGACGUGAAAGCCCAAGUGGAUGUGUUGACCGCUGCCCUCCGGGCCACAGAACUGGAUUGCCACGUGCCGGGUAGCGCUUUGGAGCUCCAGGAUGCUGAGAGAGGACAGAGCAAUUGCUUUGCAGUCCACAACCAACCCCUAAUUGGCGACUCUUCUGACACUCAGAACUGUGAAUCGGUGCGGCACAGGCAGGACGAAGACUCUGAUCUUGGCGAUAACAACCUGAGCCCAGAGGAGAAGUCCAAACAACAGGACGUUGUACCCCAGGCUCUGCUUGACCAGUACCUCUCCAUGACUGACCCGUCCCGUGCCCAGACUGUGGACAUGGAGAUCGCUAAACACUGUGCCUACAGCCUGCCUGGCGUAGCCCUGACGCUGGGCCGCCAGAACUGGCACUGCCUUCGCGACACCUACGAAACACUGGCCUCGGAUAUGCAGUGGAAGGUGCGUCGGACCCUGGCCUUCUCUAUCCAUGAACUGGCUCUCAUUCUUGGAGACCAGCUAACUGCUGCAGAUCUUGUGCCCAUCUUCAACAGUUUCCUCAAGGACCUGGAUGAGGUGCGCAUCGGGGUCCUCAAGCAUCUCUACGACUUCCUAAAGCUGCUGCACCAGGAGACCCGUCGCAAGUAUCUGUACCAGCUCCAGGAGUUCCUGGUGACAGACAACAGCCGCAACUGGCGCUUCAGAUCGGAGCUCGCAGAGCAGCUGGUCCUUCUGCUGGAGCUGUACAGCGCGCAGGAUGUGUAUGACUACUUGCGGCCCCUCGCCUUCAGCCUGUGCACCGACAGGGUCUCCUCCGUUAGAUGGAUUUCUUACAAACUGGUGAGCGAGAUGGUCAGGAAGCUGUCGUCCAACACUGCUCUGGUAACAGAGUUCCUGGUGGAGCUGGUGGAUAAGUUCUGUCAUUCCCCCAAGUGGUCUGGGCGCCAGGCCUUCGCCUUUGUUUGUCAGCUGGUGGUUGAGGACGACUGCCUAUCCCUGGAGCAGUUCUCCAAGCACCUGCUGGGCCCGCUGCUGCAGCUGGCAUCUGACCCAGUGCCCAACGUCCGUGUGCUUUUGGCCAAGACCCUGCGACAGAGCCUGCUGGAGCGAGAGUACUUCGUGCACUCCGGCAACUCGCACCAGGAAGCCCUGGAACAGACCCUGGUGGCCCUGCAGACUGACCUGGACAAGGACGUCAAGUACUUUGCUAGCGUGCACCCAGGCAGCACGCGCAUCAGCGAGGACGCCCUGAGCACAGCGUCCUCCACAUAUUGAGCAGCUCUCGCUCAGCCCAGCUAGAGCAGCAGUUUACGGGUGGACCUCACCUUUCUUCACUCUUCCUUCCUCUCUUGCAAAAGAUGUCUUUUGUGCUUUCAUUCUGCCACAGAAGCCUUAAAAGCGUCUUCCUUUUUAAAAGAGGAAAAUACUUGAAUGUGCAGAGCCGGUUCGCGGGGGGGAGGCGGCGGUGGCCGGACGAUGGCUGCUCGCACCUCGUCUUCAGUCUCUGAAUGAACUCUUUACUCCGUGUAGCUGAAGCCAGUAUCUGAGCUUUUCUGAAACACAUAGCAGGACAACUCUAACGUUUAUACUUUCCUUUUUUUUCUACUUUUUUAAAAAUAUUGAGUCAUCGAUUGACUAUCAUGCUGCAUUAAAGGGUUCGGCGGUCGUUCGCGGGAGGCAGCGGGUGGCUGGAGAAGCUCUCAGUUGCCGUCUUUCCGUAUUCAGCGCAGCACAUUGUUGCACUGGAGACGACGCUGCUCUCGCUGUGGAUGCGUCGUUGUCGAGGGGAUCUCGCUACACUGUUAAAUGGAGAGCUCCAGUGACAUUGGUCAACACCCUUGAAUAUUUUAUCUUCAAGAUAAAACUCUGCACCUUCUCCCCCCUCCCCUCCCCAUUCUCUCCCCACCUCACAUCCUGUACAUAUUUUAGCUGCUUUUCAUUUUGGUCUAUAGUCUUAUUGUGAUAAUGGUUUGUCUUCUACCUAUCCAAAAUAAAAGAAAAUGCAAGCAUU